CGUCUUUAAACGAAUCUCUCUCUGGAUUCCACCUCAAACUUAGAGAGCUUGCAGCGAGCUUCGAGGACCGAUGGUCCAAUUCUAUCUCUGAAAUCACGAGUGGAAAUUGUGGGCAUGCUACUUUCAAGACACUACUCAGCGCGAGAACACUUUUCGGGAAGAUUUUUUUCAGCAAUGACAAUGAAAAUGAUUCUACGGCCUCCUCAAACCCAAUUCACGAUUUAAUUAUCCUAUCAGACAAUUUGAUGGAUUAUGGGCGUGAAAUGCUUCAUGCAUAUCCUUACCGCGAAGUUCCACGUUGCUGGCGCGAGAUGUACUCUGAUGCGGGGAUACUCAAAGCCUUCGCGCUGUGUUGCCUUCAUGAAACACCCAUUACGGGCAAUGAUGGAGCAGAUAUACUGUAUAGGGAAUCACUAGCACCACUCCGUAUGGCAAUCACGGCCUGCGAUAACGUCCUUAUCAUGGCUGGAGCAUGUGGACAUGGUCGAAAGCCUCUUCUGUACGACCUGAUCGAAGCUAUCGAGGUCAAGAUCGAGGAGAGGGAGCAAGCUCUACCAUCACCUCACAAGCGUCAAAAGAAAGCAAGGCUUUCUUCUGUGAAACUAGAAGAGGAUUUUGACCCAGAAUCUAGUCCUGUGAUUAAAUGUCCUAUUCCUCGUGUCCACCUUCCAGCAUUUGAUGUCUUUCGUGACCAUGUCCAUAAUCCUUCCGGCGCAACGCCCCUUAUCAUCACAGGAGCUAUUGACCACUGGCGAGCGAGGUCGCGAUGGACACACUUGGAUUCGAUUUGUCAAGCAGGGCCUGAUCGACUUGUUCCGAUCGAAAUUGGCAACCAAUACACUGAUGAGCAAUGGACACAAAAAUUGGUAACUGUUCGAGAGUUCAUUGAGCAGUAUAUUAUCACUCCUAAUGGAUUUAGCUCUGAUACAAAUCAUGACGAUGAUAGUGAGCGCCGACAGCUACGGAAUCAGAAGAGCCAGAGACAGAUUGGCUAUUUAGCUCAGCAUGAUUUAUUUGACCAGAUACCACGACUCAGGAGAGAUGUAGAUAUUCCGGACUACUGUUUGAUUGAUGUCAAUGAACAACAGGGGUAUCAUCCACCAGAUGAUGUGCUAUUAAAUGCAUGGUUUGGCCCCAAAGAAACAGUAUCACCUAUGCAUACAGACCCGUAUCAUAAUCUGCUUGCACAAGUAGUGGGUCGAAAGUACGUCCGAUUGUAUUCACCAGAAGAGACGUCAAAACUAUAUCCUUAUGGAACUUUCGAAUCAACAGGGAAAGAGAUACAGCGUCAAACAGUAAAUGAGGGUGAAGAGAAGACACAUGAUGAUGAUGGCCAAGAACAACAAGAACGUAGUAUGCUGAACAAUACAAGCCAAGUCAAUGUUGAAAAUCCAGAUUUAGAAAAACAUCCACGAUUUACAGAAGCAAAGUACGUGGAUGCAAUCCUCGAGCCAGGAGAUCUGCUCUAUAUUCCCUUUCAAUGGUGGCAUUAUAUUCGGUCUCUCUCAAUAAGCUUUUCAGUUAGUUUUUGGUUCUAAAGCUCGUGAGGAAUAAAAAUACAUGGCUCCUGGUGCUGUCCGUC